AUGUCACGAUACGGUUGGUCCACUGGGCGGGAACGGGGCGCUCUCUCUCCGUUUAGCUCGACUCUCGGCGACGGUUCAGGCGGAGUUCCUGCGGUCACGGACGAUGACUUCAGCUACAUUACCUCCGAGGACCUGGAGAAUCAUGGCAUGGAACCACCAAGCUCGCGUUGCUAUUCAGACCGUGACCGCCGCGAACCUCGCACCGGAGGCAGCCAAUUUUCCAGAACUGGCGGCGCGCCAGCAUUGGUCAUUGACGAUGAUGACAUCCUCCUCAUCAAGAACAAGGGGGCUACCUACCCAGAGCAUUUCCCCGCCUAUUCAAUUGGAGACGGACAGCUGCUCGUCGGCGACAUCCGUGAACGUGUCCAGCUAAUUAUGAAGUUGUCGGACAAGCGGGCCAAAAGAGUCAAGCUGCUCUAUAAAGGCCGACAACUGAAGGAUGAAAACGAGCCAGUCUGCAAGUACGGCGUCAAGAACAACAGCGAGAUCAUGGUUGUUCUGCCGGACCCCAGUGUUGAUGACGAGAGCAGUGACGAGUCUAGUGAGGAGAUUGUCGUGGUAGGGAAGGGCGAUGACGAGAGCAGCCGAUCCUCCCGGAAGACGAAGACAAAGAAACGACGAGACAGGAAGAAGGAAAAGGGGCGUGGCAGCACAAGCCCGCGUGACAGCAACAACGGCGCCAGCCUGGACAUUCCUGUUGACGACAAGCGAAGAGAGACUACGAGUGGAAGGCAAUCGCCUGCUUCCGCUGUGUCGGGCUCCAGUGCCGCUGCCGUACCGGGUGGUCCGAUCGACAAGCUGAAUACCAUCUCAACUCACUUCAAGACUACGUUGCUGCCAUUGUGUGUCCAAUUUACCGCUAGCCCGCCAUCUGACCUCAAGAAGCGUGAGGAUGAGCACCGGAAGCUCGCAGAGACGAUCAUGCAGCAGGUCCUCCUCAAGCUAGACGAGGUGGACACAGGUGGCGAGGAAGAAGCAAGAUUUCGACGGAAGGAGUUGGUUAGACAGGUGCAGGAGGUUCUCAAGGGCCUUGACAGUAAACUUCACGGUUGA